GAGAGGUAGGGACCAGUGCCGACUUGAUCAUCAUCAUUUCUCAACACGACAGCUUUCACUCUUACUUAACAAUAAUGCUUCGAAUAUGACUCUUGUAGUAGUAUAAUAAAGCAUCAUCAACCUCUCCAAACUCUCCCUCUUUUUCACAUAAUCGCCAUGGGCAACUGUCUCCCCUCCACCGGCACCUCCUCCUCAAACAAAGCCGCCACCGCUGCCGCCCGGGCUGCUCUCCCAAUCGACACCCUCUUCAAAUUCCCUUCUCCGCCGCCCACUCUUCCACCCGGUGGCGGUUUUGCCACCGGCGAGAUCGAUCUCGGCGGCCUUCAACUCCGGCAAGUCACGUCGUUCGACAAAAUCUGGACCGCCCCCGGAGAAUUAGGCGCGACCUUUCUGGAACCUUCCAACAUACCAGAUGGCUUCUCCAUGCUUGGCUGCUACGCUCAGCCCAACAACCAACCACUUUUCGGUUGGGUGUUGGUGGCCAAAACAGACGCAACAGACCAAUCAGGUCAAAUUCUGAAGCAACCCACUGAUUACACUCUCAUUCAUUCCGAACCAGCCUACUUCUGGCUCCCGACCCCGCCCGACGGCUUCAGAGCCGUCGGCCUCGUCGUCACUGCCUCAUCGGAGAAGCCGCCUCUGGAUAAAAUCCGAUGCGUCCGGUCCGACUUCACCGACGAGGCAGAGACGGAAAGCCUGAUUUGGGGAAACGCCAAUGGGGAUUUCAACGUGUAUGGGUUAAGGCCGAAGACAAGAGGGAGCAAUGCUAAGUCAGUCAGCGCAGGCACGUUUACAGUCCAAAGCAAUGAAGUUGGAUUAUCUUGUUUACUCAACAAGACCUCAAUUCUAUCCGCCAUGCCUAAUCUAGCACAGAUUGAAGCUGUGUUUCGAUCGUAUGCGCCGUUCAUAUACUUCCAUCCCGAUGAAAUCUACCUUCCUUCUUCGGUGAAUUGGUAUUUUAGCAACGGUGCCUUGCUGUACAAGAAAGGGGAGGAGUCGAAUCCAGUUCGUGUCGAACCGGAUGGUUCGAACCUCCCGCGGGGAGGUUCGAACGACGGGUCGUACUGGCUCGACCUUCCGGUGGAGCCAGUACGAGCCAGUGAAGUGAAGAAAGGGAAUUUGGAAAGCGCGGAGGCUUAUGUCCACGUGAAACCGGUUCUGGGCGGGUCGGGUACGGAUAUCCAGGUGUGGAUAUUCUACCCGUUUAACGGGCCGGCGACGGCGAAGGUGGGGAUAGUUGAUAGAAUCCCAUUGGGGAAGAUCGGCGCGCACGUGGGGGACUGGGAGCACGUGACGCUGAGGAUCAGCAAUUUCGAUGGGAUUUUACGGAGGGUUUACUUCGCGGAGCACAGCGGCGGGCGGUGGGUGGAGGCGUCGCAGCUCGAAUUCAGCGGCGGAGGGAACAGGUUUGUGGGGUACGCGUCGCUGAACGGGCACGCGACGUAUGCGGCGGCGGGGGUGGUGAUGCAGGGAGGGGGGAGUGCGGGGAUAAGGAACGACACGGCGAGGAGCGCGAUGGUGAUGGACACGGCGGCGAGGUUCAAGGUGGUGGCGGCGGAGGGGGUGGAGGAGCCGUUGUGGCUGAACUACUACAGGAAGUGGGGGCCCACGAGGAGUCACGACAGCGUGGAGGAAGUGAAGAGGCUGGAGAAGUUGGUGCCGGCGAGUGUGAAGGGGCAGUUGGAUAAGGUGGUGAAGGCGCUGCCGGCGGAGUUAUUCGGGGAGGAUGGGCCCACUGGGCCCAAGAUGAAAAAUUAUUGGGAUGGGGAUGAGAGGUGACCGUCUAAUUGGGCCCCCAUUUUGGAUUAAUUUUCUUUUGCAAUUUAUUCGAGACAUUAUUUUGUAUUCCAGUUGUGAAAUUCGAUUGUGAAAAAAGUGACAUGAAGAAUUUGUGGAUGAGAUAUAUAGUCGUAGCAGUAUUUGAUUGUCCUACCAUAAAGUAUGAUAUCUCUUUUUUCAUGUUAA